CCUGAAAACAAUCCAGAACCAGGCUUGAACUAGCCAGGCUGGUCGUCUUUACGUAAAGGCAUCCCUAUUCAGGGAACAAGCGAUAUUUUUGUUGUGAAUAAUGCACUGAGUAGAGUUGUUCAGUUAUUGGCCAUGCCGUGGCCAGGGCCACAAUUGCAUCUUAUUUUGCUGCUUCUUAUUUUGGCUGUACUGGGACCACCUGGAAUACUGGCAGAGGGAAAUGUUGGUUGCCUAUUUAGCGAACGUAUCUGUCUAGAAAACGAAUGGUGCCAUGACGAUCUUGCGUUUGGACAAUGCCUACCAACUGAGGGAUUUUUCGAUGUUGAAAGCCUUUACAGGUACAAUCUCCCAGAGGACUCCUUACAUGACAUAAGCAAAGAGCUUCGUCGACUCUUUGCUCUUGGGUACCGUUGGGGACAUUCUUACACUCAAUGUCGUCUUCAGGAAAUGCUGUUUGCUUUGAAAGAACAAGUGGACUUCGACCCCGAUUCUUGUUCCCAUCUUUCGGACAACGACUUGGAAGGCGCCCUACGAGCAUUGGAGGGCCAAGAGGAGCUAGACCCCCAGGAAGUGGCUAUAAUAAAGUAUACACCAAGUGUGGAGAACCCCCAUGCGAAUUUUGCUGAUGAAAUCUAUUAUCCACCAGUAGAUAAUUCGAGACAACAGGAGGAUUUGAGGAGGAAAAUAUUGGGACCAGGACAGGGAAUUGAUCUUCUGGAUAUGCCUGAUCCACUAAUGGAGUACGCGGUUUCCAAGAAGAAUUGGUUACCACCAAUGCGGCGAAGAUCAAUCACCCCUUUUUUUGAUGGCAGAUACGGCGUCCCUAAGUAUCGGCGUGUCGAUAGCGACCUACUGGACUCGAUCGAGUUUCUUCACGAGUACGAAAAAGAAUAUCCACAAAAUACUAAUUUACCACCAGGAACCACUUUAUCCCAAGAUGCUCAAGAAGCAGUGGGAGAUUUUCGUGAAGAAGAAAUAUAUCCUCUAAUUAAAUUGUUAAAUCAACUACAAAUUUCACCCAGAGACUUGCGACAAUAUCUAAGCCCUUCAAAUUAUAGAAAACUAUCUAGGAUUCUGGAAAGGUAUGAAGAAUCUAAUGAUGACGAGCCACCAAGCCAAGUAAUUUUAAACGAACUUCUUAAAGGGCGAGGCCGGGAAGGAGGAGGUAAUGUAAAUGAACCUGAUGAAAGAUUCACUUUAACUUAUAAUACGCCAGAUGGAUUUAGAUCUGGUUGGGAAUCCAGAGAUAUUGUUCCAGAGGAUGAGGAGUUACUGGAACCUAGAAUUUAUUUUGGAGAAGAAGAAGAUAUUCCAGAACACGCAGAAUAUGGCAGUGGAAUCCCUGAAGAGCUCUUUACCGAACGAAAAUUGGAAUUUUUAGGCCCUAGUAAGGAUUUUUUUAGAGAGCUAAAGCAGAAACAAAAAGUAGAUGAUGGCAGUUUUAAUAGAAAAUGGAAAAUGAAGCCUGUACUUUAUUCUGAAGGAGGGGCUGAGCCAGAGGAUGUUGCUGAGGAAUUGGAAAACCAACAAGAAAGAGAAAUAGCCAUGAGAGAUGAUUUGAGCGUAUGGGAUAGAUACAAUAUGGGAUUCAAGAGACCGGAAAGAUUGGACGUGAAAAAACCUGGACCACCCUUUGAUCCUACUAUUACCGAACCAGCAAAGAAAGCUUUUGCCGAAAAUGACAUUAUAAUUCCUUCGAUGAUGAAAAAAGGACCUCGGGGUGGCAAGCCAAAUCCAAGCAGUUUAGACGGGAUGAGAAAUUAUUACAAUAAGGACGGCGAUGGACAAUAUGUACAUAUUGAGUUUAAAGGCACUUUAACAGAAUGGCGACAGGGCAAGGAGAUUAUUAGGAAUAUAUCUAAGUUGUUGCAUAUGGAUUGGUCCAAUUUUCCCGAUGGGGAGGUGCAUCGGCAGUCCGUUACAUUUAGAGUGGCUCCAAAUAAUCGCGGAUACAAUGCUAGCGAUGUUGGCCGUCAUAUUGAAUCAAUUAAAGAUCAAAUCGAGGAACUCAUAGGAAUGGAAAUAGUGUCGGUUGGUGUUGGAAAUCAGACAAAAGUCCAAGACGUAGUUUUUUCGAAAAUUAAUAUGGAUAAUCAGUUCAUGGUCAUCUCUCUAGUUUGUGGAGUUUUGGUAGCUCUAAUUUUGGCCACGAUUAUCUUGUCACUGGUUCGGCGCCACGUUAAAUCUAAGGAAAAGCUACAAGGACUGGCUAGACCAGAUACAGAAGCUAGUAAAGAUUAUCAGGAUUUAUGUAGGGCUCGCAUGGCUACCAAAGGACAGACUACAGAAGGAGCUCAUGAUAAAGGCCGCAUUACGUCACUAUCUCGGGAAUCUGAACAAAGCCCUUCAAGUCGCUCUAGUACCUCAUCAUGGAGCGAGGAACCUGCUUUACAUAAUAUGGAUAUUUCUACAGGCCAUAUGGUACUUAGUUACAUGGAAGACCAUCUCAAAAACAAAGAUCGUUUGGACCAAGAAUGGAUAGCACUUUGCGCUUACGUGGCCGAACCUUGUGAAACUUCCAUCUCUCACAAAAAACAAAAUAUGGAAAUGAAUCGGUACCCUGAGGUGAUUCCCUAUGAUCACGCCCGUGUUAUUCUGAAUGAGCUCUCUAAUGCUAAUGGAUCUGAUUAUAUUAAUGCUUCGAGUAUUACUGACCACGACCCAAGGAACCCAGCCUAUAUAGCUACCCAAGGCCCCUUACCGCAUACAGCUCCAGAUUUUUGGCAACUAAUAUGGGAACAAGGUGCCGUAGUUAUUGUAAUGCUUACUAGAUUGACCGAAGGAGGGAGUGCUAUGUGUCAUCGUUAUUGGCCUGAAGAAGGUUCGGAAGUGUACCACAUCUACGAAGUUCACCUUGUAAGCGAGCAUAUUUGGUGCGACGACUAUUUGGUGAGAUCUUUCUACUUGAAAAAUGUUAAAACUGGCGAAACCAGGACAGUAACUCAGUUCCAUUUCUUGUCUUGGCCCGAAGCUGGUGUACCAGCGUCGACUAAAGCUCUCUUGGAAUUCAGACGUAAAGUGAACAAAUCUUAUCGUGGUCGUUCCUGUCCGAUAGUAGUACAUUGCAGCGAUGGAGCAGGUCGUACCGGUACAUAUUGUCUUAUUGAUAUGGUACUGAGUAGAAUGGCUAAAGGAGCUAAGGAAAUCGAUAUUGCUGCUACGUUAGAACAUUUGAGAGAUCAAAGACCUAAAAUGGUUGCGACAAAACAACAAUUCGAAUUCGUGCUUACGGCAGUAGCGGAAGAAGUCCAUGCUAUUUUAAAGGCACUACCACCUCAACCUUCUCCAGUGCUCCAAAACACUCAAGAUAAAAUGGAUAAAUAAGUUCACAAAUAACAGGAUAUAUCAUUGGUGAUUAUUCUAUAGACGACUCAGGCAAUUGUUAAAUGGUUUACCGAAACAAAACAAAAAAUCUUCUUAUAGCUCCGACAAUAAGCAACGCUCAAUAACAGAAAUUCUAUCCAUCCCUACUUUAUAUUGAGGGUUAGCUUAACUCUGAGCCUAAAUUUUAGAGUUUGAUUUCAAUGGCUUGGAAUUAAAUUCUAAAACACUUAGAAAAUGUCUUCAUUUGGUUACCUAUACUUUGUUAAGGAAUUUAUUUUUUUGCUCUACUAUACCUUUUCAAUGUCUACAUAUCUAGUAGAAAAUCUAUCAGGUUUCCCCCAAAUCGAAAGAAAUAUUUAUAAUAUAUUUAUCGCAAAGAUAUAUUUUGUCAUCCCUACUUGGGGUUAUAAUCCUAUAUGAAGCUUUAGGCGAUAAUAGAGAUGGUAAAUUAUUUAUGGAUGUUUUUUGGGUGUUAAAAUAUUCAUCCUUUAACAAAGCUAUCGCAUAUGGGGCACACUGGUGUCCUAAUAUCCUAUUACAUAUAAUUUGUCUAGAUGUAUCAAUGUAUUCAAAGCUGUGCUUAAUAGUAAAACAAAAUUUAUUUUUAUCGUAUAUCAAAAAAAUAUUUAUUCUAUGUUGUUUUUAUAAUAUAUUUAUUUAUUGUUGAUAAAGUUUAUUUUGAAUAGGUGGUAAUUUAAAAAUUGUGACAGAACAUCAGCAAACAUUUGCCCUAGCAUAAAAUCUUUGUAUCUCAAAUUUGCUCUUACAUCAGACAAUUUUUAAAUAAUGAGUCAAUUGUAACCCAGCCAUUAUUUAAGAUACAAAAAUACGGCAUUUUCAAGAUUUUCCUUUUAUCGUGAGGCCUGUCUUUAAUUUUCCAGCCUCUUAAAAACAGGUCCCACCAAUUCUCUAAUGCUUAAUACAAAGUAACCAGACUGAUUUUAGUUUUCUCUGUGGGUUCUCUCCACCAUUAAAAAUAUUUUAUCAGUAUAGUCGGAAUUCGGUAAUUAAAAUCUCAAAACGGAUCUGCACCGUUACCGAAUUUUCCGACCAACCGAAAAAAGUUUCCUUGACUUUAGUACUAGUGGAUAAAAAUUUAAAAAAAUAUAAAUUACAAAAUAAAUAAAAAUGUUUUAAAGCUAAUAUAUUGAACUUAUAUUAUAUAAUCAAGUAUAUUUUGUCAAAUUAUGAAAUAAUAAUAUUAAUAAAAUAUGAUGUUAAUGUUUAAAACUGUAUGAAAAAAUCAUCAGUGUACUGAUUCUAUCUGGAAAAUUAGACUAGUUUAAUGUACUUGUGUGUAUGUAUACAGCACAUUAG